AUGCAUAAUGCAUUAGCUUGUCAUGUUGACAUGAAUAAAGGACAUACUUUUAUGUAUAAAGUGAUGGAGGAUAUUUUCAUUGGACUAAGGAAAGGUGACAUCGAAAACUUAACUGAGUUAAGAGAAAAACUUGAAGCAUAUGCUGGAAUUAUCAGUGCUCUGCGUGCACAGGGGGACCUAAGCAAGGAGAAAAAAGACCUUCUUGGAGAGCUGUCCAAAGUUUUAAGUAUUUCUACAGAGCGACACAGAGCAGAAGUGCGAAGAGCUGUCAAUGAUGAGCGAUUAACAACUAUUGCACAUCACAUGUCUGGCCCAAACAGUUCUUCAGAAUGGUCGAUUGAAGGUCGUAGAUUGGUUCCAUUGAUGCCCAGACUUGUUCCGCAAACUGCGUUUACUGCAACUGCAAAUGCUGUAGCCAAUGCAGCAGCUCAGCAUAAUGCUUCACUUCCCUUACCUGCAGAGACUGGUAGCAAAGAAGUGGUGGUUUGUUAUUCCUACACAAGUACUACUUCUACCCCAACUUCUACAACAGUUCCUGGUGGUAGUGUGGCCACAGUUAAGUCUCCUAGACCUGCGAGUCCAGCUUCAAAUGUGGUUGUCUUACCGAGUGGAAGUACAGUGUAUGUCAAAAGUGUGAGCUGCUCAGAUGAAGAUGAAAAACCUCGUAAAAGAAGACGUACUAAUUCUUCCAGCUCCUCCCCUGUUGUCCUUAAAGAGGUGCCCAGGGCAGUCACUCCUGUUUCAAAGACCAUCACGGUUCCUGUCAGCGGUAGCCCCAAAAUGAGCAACCUCAUGCAAAGCAUUGCCAAUUCCUUACCACCACAUAUGUCCCCAGUCAAAAUAACAUUUACCAAACCCACCACUCAAACCACGAACACAACUACGCAAAAGGUAAUCAUUGUGACCACCUCUCCAAGUUCAACGUUUGUCCCCAAUAUACUUUCGAAGUCCCACAGCUAUGCCACAGUCACAAAACUUGUCCCAACGUCCAUCGUGACGCCUACAACACAGAAGCAGCCAGUGGUUAUUACAGCUACUCAGCCGUCCCCUACAAUCACUUGUAGCAAUAGUACCUCUUCACCUACGGUGAUCCCCAGCACCAUUGCCGUAACAACUGUAGUGUCAUCCACACCAUCUGUCGUCAUGUCAACAUCGGCGCAAGCAGUGUCAUCCUCUGCUGUAAAGAUUGCUUCAGUUAGACAAGCAUCUCCUAAAAGUGUAGUGAGUUCUCCAACCCAGAUCCUGGCUCAGCUUCCCAAGCAUCAGCAACAGUCACCAAAACAACAGCAGUCUCCACAAAUGCCUCAGACAUCCCAGGCUGGCCUGCAGCAGAGUCCACAGCCUCAGACUCCAACUACUAUCAAACCGACCAUACAGAUCAAACAGGAGUCAGGGGUCAAAAUUAUCACUCAGCAAAUGCAGCCCAGUAAAAUUCUUCCAAAGCCAGCAACCGCUACAAUAUCUAGCAGUAGCACAUCUCCGAUCAUGGUGGUCAGCAGCAAUGGAACGAUCAUGACGACCAAACUAGUAACGAGCCCUACAGGUUCCCAGGCUACCUAUUCCCGUCCAGCAGUCACCCCUACCAUUGGUGCUCGUAUGACUACCUCCACAGGUGCUACUUAUGUUAAAACCACUAGUGGAAGCAUCAUCACGGUGGUACCAAAAUCGCUGGCGACCUUAGGGGGGAAGAUCAUAACCAGCAGUAUUGUUUCUGGUACUACUACAAAAAUAACAACCAUCCCCAUGGCCUCCAAACCCAAUGUAAUCGUUGUACAGAAGACUACAGGCAAGGGAACAACUAUCCAGGGACUUCCAGGCAAAAAUGUUGUCACAACGUUAUUAAAUGCAGGGGGUGAAAAACUUCAAGCAGUGCCUGCUGGAACAAAGCCAGCAAUCAUCACCGCAGCAAGGCCGAUAACAAAAAUGAUAGUCACUCAGCCGAAGGGAAUUGGUUCAGCUGUUCAGCCGGCUACUAAGAUCAUCCCUACUAAAAUUGUAUAUGGGCAGCAGUCGAAAACGCAGGUUCUGAUAAAACCAAAGCCUGUGACGUUCCAGGCAUCAAUGGUGAGUGAGCAGGCCAGGCAGCUAGUAACAGAGACUCUGCAGGCAACUAGGGUAACAGAAGGGUGCAUCUCAACCAGCCAGGAGGUAGUGGGAAAGGAAGACCCUCAAGCAUACACAGACAGCAGUUCAUCUUCCACGGAGUCUUCUCACAGCUGUCAAGAGCCUCAGCCUGUUGUUCAUGUGAUUACAACCAGAGGCCAAGAAUGGCCAGAGCAUGAAGUUACCAUGGAAGCCAGCCCGACUAUCAUUUAUCAAGAUGUAUCUAGUGAAUCUCAGUCAGCCACGUCCACUAUUAAAGCACUGCUGGAAUUGCAGCAGACAACAGUUAAAGAGAAGGGAGACUCAAAACUCCGGCAGCCUACUAUUGACCUGAGCCAGAUGGCAGUUCCUAUUCAAAUGGCCCAGGAGAAACGGCAGUCAUCGGAAGGCACUUCAAUAACCCUAGUUGAACCAGAUAUGGUCACUGAGUACAUCAGUACAGGUAGACAGCUAGGAGCUUACAGUGCAGGUAAAACAGCCAGGGCUGGAACCACAUGCAGCAUCAGCUCAGGAGAAAUGGCUCUGACAUCACUUCUGACUGCCAGUCAUCAGCAGACACAGAGCCUUCAGCAAACAACACACUCCCAGAGGGCUGUAGUACAACAAAUUGUUCACGCAGCAGCACAGAGUCCAGUAGUUGUCAAGUCUAUCCCAGUGUCCUCUGAGAUUACACACCUAGUACAGCAGGCUGUCACUAGUCAUUCAGUUGCAACAAAACAAGCUGAAGAGAGCGGAGUUGAGGAGGGAGAAGUUGAAGAAAUGGACACUUUAGAUCCUCAGACAGGCCUGUUCUACAGGUCUGCACAAACGGUACAGACUGUGUUCAAGCAGCAGAAAGUGUCACAGCCAGAGCAUGCACAGCUUCAGAUUCGGACUGUACAGCAUUUGCAAGCUAAGCCACAACUGAAGCACGCAGCACAUCUGCAGCAUGAACUUUUGCAGCAAAGGCUUCAUACAACUCAACAGUUCCAGAUUAAGCAUCCGACCUCCCAGGGACAGCACGAAUUGGCACAGACCAAGCACAUUUUACAAGCACAGCAAGUUGUGUCCAAAGAGAGGCCUGUGUCACUGGUAACAACACAACCACAGCAGAAUGUGGUGCAAGUAUUUGCUGUGAAAACACCUCAGCAGCAACUUCCAAAACUGCAGCAUAUCCCAACGCAAAAGGUCCAAGUCCAAUUCCAGCAAGCCACACUAAAGAGACCCCCUCCUCUGGAAAAACACGCACCGACCCAGGUGCAGCAGCCAGUGAUUAGUCAAGGGCCAUCUGUUACAAAGAUAACAUUUGAAGGUCACCAGGCUCCUGUAGUUUCCAAGUCAUCUAGCGGAGAUACAGUUUUGAAGCUGGCAACACCUGUUACGAGGAUAUUUCCAGUGCAGACCUCUGAUAAAACUGGCGCAGUUGCAGACAUCCUGAAAAUGUCUAUGAUGGAAGCCCAGAUUGAUACAAAUGUAGAACCUAUGAUAGUAGAACCAUUGCAUGAUGGCAGUUCUACUAUUAAAGCUAUUGCUGAAGCCGAUACUAUAUCUACCAGCCACCUUCAGCGGGCAGUAGUAAAAACUGUCCAACAUCAACAGUGCAAAACAGUAGUUCAUGAGAGCACCUCUUCUGCAAUUGUUACCCCAGUGUCUGAAAAGGGUGAUUGUUCAGCUGUGUCUCUGGGUAGCCCCUUUAUUCGCAUUCAAGACUUGGCACCUAAGAAAGCUGAUGAUAUGUCUGCAGAUAUUCUUAUCCAGUAUUCUAUACCAUGUCACUCCAGCUCUAACGUGGUGGUUGAACAAUGUCCUGGACUUGUUGAGAUCAAUAAUUUCACCAGCCAGCGAUUGGCAGAUGAGGAAACUGCGAUGGAACAGGAUGUGGACAGUAGCGCAGAGGAAGGAACUGCCAGUCCAUCGCAGAGCUCUGCUGACCAGUCACAGUAAGCUCGCUGAGGAGUUCAAGUUAACGUUGUGUGCUCUUUUCUGAAGUGCCCACUUCUCCUUUCUGAAAGGAGAGAAAGACUAAAAUGUUACCAAAUCAUGUUUGCACACUUGAUGUAUACAGGUACUUGUUGUAUAUACAAAAGUAAUUUAUCAAAAUUUUGUACAGCAGCACAACUAAAAAUGCCCCAGAAAUGACUUGCUCAGUUUGUUGGGUUGCUGACAGAUUGUGUCAGUAAGAAAAUACUAAACAGUUCAGACUUAGCUCUUUAGUAAGACGGAAGCGAUUUAACUCUUGUGUUUAGCGCUGCUUAGUACCACAUUGCCUACAAAGGAUGUAGUGCUCUCAUAUCUGACUUUGUGUCAGGAAACUGUGAAGGUUGUGCAAGUAAAAGUAAGAUGCAGGACUGCAGUAAAUCAUGUUACAAUUUCCAUCUAUCCAAACGUUGAUGUAGUUUGAUUCAUUUUAAAAAGGUAGCUUUUUUCAAAAUGUCAAUAUUUUUGCUUGCAUCUUUUUGUGUAAGAUGCAGCUUGAAAGAGGAUCUGCCAGUUAUAUAUCCUAGUUUGAGGACAAACUUUAAACAAAGCUGUAUAUUACUGUCAGUAAGAGACCUAGCAAAUAACCUAAAAUGUUCAUGCCAAUAAGGUUUACAGUAGUUAAUGCACCAAGCCUAUUUUAGAUGAAAGUCUUACUUUUAAAUCUUGUGCUUGUGUUAGCACAUUUUAAUCAAUAUAUGAUGGGAUGGUGCAGAAUGUUCCAGCAGGGUUGUUUGUAACAUAGAGGAGAAGCCACAGUGCUAGGCUUUGCUUAAGCAAAACCAGAAAUAACACCUAAACUUUAUUAAAAAAAAUAUUUGUUCUUAAAAUCCUUUGUAAAACUUCUCUGUCCUACCACUGACUUUUAAGCCUUCAAAUGUGUGUUCCAUUACAUUACUUAGGUUUCCGUCAUGUGAUUAUGGGGGCAUCGCUCAUACACACAUGCUCAGCAAUUGCACAACUAGCAACAAUAAAAAACGGAAAUCUUAAGAAGUGUAAUUUGUGCAAUAGAAAUAUGGCUUGAGCAUUUAAUCACUUGAGAUCAAACCUGGAAAUUCAGCAAUAAAUUUCACUUUAACUCUCACCCCUACCAGGAAUUUUUA